AAUAAAUAAGGUACAUCAUGUGACUUAGGAGACAGAUGUUACUUGUUGGUCAGUUCCAACGCAUACAUGUAGCCUACCUUGUGCAGAGCCCUGCCCUGAGACCAGCUGCUCUGGAAAUCUUUACCCUGCGGUAAUUCCGCGUUCACCGCCGACCAAACACCUCCCUGUCUCAUCUGACUCUUGCCAAAACUUUUACAGCGUCCUCAAGUAGCGUAAGUAGCCUAAAUCUUCUUUUUUUUUAAAAAAGGUUUUGUCACUGUAGUAGCGCUAAUGGGAGAAAUGACGGAGCAGAAGAACUUGUCUGAAGUUAUUAAUCAGAUACUUAAAGAAGUGCCAGCUGCCAGGAGGGAUCUUAUUGAUAAUCACAGCAACCUCCUCCGCGUCGCAGAUUACUGCGAGAACAAUUUUCUUCAGGCAGAGGAUUCAAGCAAGGCUGUGGAAGAAGCCAAGGGUUUGGCUGCCCAGGCGCUGGCUAACGUGGCCUACCAGAUCAACAGUCUGGCCAGCACCCUGCUGAGGCUGCUGGACUCACAGGCCGUGCAGAUCAGAGAUAUGGAGUCGUCAGUCAACCUGCUGUCACUGGCUGCAGCUAUCCACAUCGAGACAGUAGCCAGGAGACAAAUUGGUGCUUCUACUACUCCCAAAAACAGGAGCCGCGCCAAUCCAAUGAGCCCACCGACUUCAGGCAAGGAGCCGGAGAGAAGCUACUUGAGAGAGCCCAUAUCAUUCUACGUCUUGGACACCAUUGGACUCCGUUUUGGGGCCGCUGUGCAGCAGCCCGAGAAGAGGGCAGACGCCACAGAGAGCACCCACAACAGUGCUGACUUCUUGGUAUCCCGUCUUGGCAUCGCCGUGCCUCCGCCAUCAAUCCCCACCCUGCGAACCGUCUCCAACCGGACCAACGACAGCCUGCCCCCCCCUUCUCCUCCUCCGGCCGAUUUGGACCCCUAUAUGCCCGCUCCUUCUCCUCCUCCACCCUCACCCCCCUAUUUCUCUAUGGACACUGGCUUCCCCCCUCCUCCGCCCCCUCAUUCAACCUCAGCCACCUCUCUCCCCCACCUCCCCUCCUCCGCCCUCCUUACCUCAGCCACAUCCUCCCCCUACCUCCCCCCUCCGCCCUCACAUCAGCAACAUCUCUCCCCCCACUCCCCUCCACCACCAAAUCUCAUGUAAUGGCCCCUACGCCUUCACCUCCACCACCUGUAGCAGUGGGGCCCCUUUCGUUCCUCCACCUCCUCCAGUAUCAGGGGCAGCACCCCCCCUCCUCCGCCCCCUCACACCGGCACCUCUCGAAUUGUGCCCCCACCGCCUCCUCCCCCUCCCCCUUUUCUCCACUAAUGAACAUUAUGUUAUUAGUUUUUUUUUUGUGAAACUCGCGGGAAUGCAUGGGUUUAGCCAUUAGAUGUGUACAAACAUGUGCAGCUUAUGGGAAAUAUAAUUCCAAGCCUUGUUGUGAGAGCAAUGUUAAGCAUCAAUAAAAAAGCUUGAAGAAGUGUGCGUAGAGGUUUAACCCUGAGCUGUUUCAUGUGUGCUGAAUGGCGCAGUGUCUGACUCUAAUGAUUUCUGGGACAGAAAAAAAUCCUCCGGUGAAGUGAAACAUUGUGCUGCAGUACAGAUACCUCCAACGUGUUUCAACACCACCUUGGCUGCAUUCCUAAGAAACAAGCUGGAACAGGGAAUGUUGUGUUUUCUUCUAAUGUAUUCUCCUCUCCUUAUGGCCUUGUGUUGUUUAUCACAAUGUAUCUUAAUCAGAGUCACCUUCCCAGCCAGGGACCUUUGGCCCAACACUGUCAUUCCACUGUGGUGUGAGAGCAGUGUCAACGCUAAGGUGUCUACGUCAGUGGCUGUAACCUCGGUGAGUUCUGUUACUUUAAACAGGCCAAUAAGGCUAUAAAAAUGUCUGUUGCUCCACUUGACAUGGCGGGUACUUGAAGGCGUGAAACCUGAUUUAGAAGAUAGAACUGCCAUGAUCAUUUAUUAUCCUACGAUUGAGAUUCCCAUGUUGUGCGCUGGCAUCCUUCUGUGGGUUUUUUGUUGCUAUUUUGCAAAGAAGCGCAGAGAAGCAGAAGGCUGGCCCCAGAGGCCCGCUAACAUUUCAUCCGUGUACGUCAUACCUAUAUGUGAGGAGGAUCGGGAAGAAGAAGACGAGGAACUUAUGGACAUAUAUGAUGCAUAUUUUCAACCUCCUGUGUACUCCUCAGGAAAUGUCGGUCCACCUCCUCCAUACAAGCUUGAACCACCAUCUUAUCCAGAACCCCCACCAUCAUACACAGACCCCCCACCUUACUCAGAGCGACCAUGAUUCUGCUCCUCUUCAAACACCCUUUAGCCUGAACAUACUGUUCUUUUUCCUCACAGGGCAGGUAUCUGGAAUCAAAUAAAUGUCAGUAAGAUGUUGACAUUGUGAAAUGAUGUUCAGAAAUGAUUUCAAAACACGUGGUUGUAAGUUAGCAUCUGUAAUAACUGUCUGCUUGUGUAGGAAAUUAUUUACUGAAUGAUGGUUUUCAGCCCUGUUUUUACAGCUGAAAUCAGAGCCAAUAUUAAUGCUUUUGUAAUGUACCUUCUGCUUCAAAUCCGUCCCCACAAGUUGAACACUUUUGUGUAACCUUACAGCUCAUUUCUUUAGUUUUAUGACAGUGAACAUUUUUUGCUGAACAUUAUUUCUUAGUUAGUUCUUAAUCUUUUUGUCCCUUAUUUGAGCCCAUACAAGUUUCAGUAACUUUAUAGCAUGCAUGUGGUUAGAUGUUUCAAUUGGGACAACUGUGUGUAGCAUUAAUCUACCGGUAAACAAUCCACUGUGUGGAAAGGAAUAUCUCUAUUUGACGAUACAACUAAUGAAGUUACAAAGAGCACCCAAUUAAAAUAUAAGUAUGUUUUGACAAAAAAGGGUUACAUAUUUUAGUAAGGUCACUUACUGUUUACAUGUUUUAAUAAUAUCGUGGUUACUUUUUAACAUAUGUAGUUUACAAAAUAAAUUAAUUUUUACUAAACUAAAAUAAACUUGGAAAUGUGUUUACAGACAUGAUUAUUUAGGGGAAAUGUAAAUUUGUUAUUUGUUGGUUAUUAGGACACAGUUUGUACACCAUAGGUGGAAACAGGAUAAGAGCGCUCUAAUAAUGAACCCCUGAGAUGUGACGUGGUUGAUGGUUUCCUGUCAUAAAUAGUGAGUUAAAAAAAGAUUCAUUCAUGUCUUUGUUCAACAUACACACAUACACAAGAAAUAUGCGAGAGACAAAGCACACCUCCAAGUCCUGUGUCUUUAAAAAAGACAAUAAUGUUGUAAAAGCUCUUCAGGUUUUGCCCUUCCCUAAGUUCCUUACAGCAACCCUGAGGGCCGGACAGUUUCUGUAUGUUUUGGAUUCUUUAAAAAGGUAAGUGGGAUGAGCCCACUGUACUAUUAUGAUCCAGUUAUCCUCUAAUUUUGUGUCAUUAAGGUAGCGUAUGUUAAAAUUGUGUGAUUUCAAUUUAUUUUCCCUUAUAGUUGUAGCAAAAGAUUUAUAGGGUGAAGGUCCACAGUCAACGGUUAAACUCAGACAGCAUAAAGUCAAACAGUGUGCCGGUCAUUCAUGCUAAUUGUUACGCUCCUAACGUCUUGAUUUUACCUUUCCAGUUGUACACUGUUGAGCAGUUUUCAAAGGGUUUGAAAGUGGCAUUAUUGUUGCAUGGCCACUAAGGGUCACACAACCCUACACUUGGACUGUGAGUCUCAUAUAAUUGUUUCAGUGGGCUCGAAGAUGUGAACACAUACCAGAUCCUGUGAUGACAGCUCACACCCACUAGUUCAUUUUUUGUCAGUAUGACUGCUUGUAUUAUUCUUUUACUCUAUACAGUAUUGCAUUUGAUACUACAGAUGUUUUUCCACAUCUAGAAAACUAACUUAAUACACAAUUAAACAGAUAUUUCAGAACAGAAUAUGGAGACAUAUUAAAUGUAGUGAUCAGUGUACAUUAUUCUCAUUUCAAAGAUUUGUAACACUGUCAAUGGAAGGCCUUAUUUCACAGUUAUAUUGUUGCUUUUUCCCCUCACAGUAAUGUCUGCAGGUUGACAUAAUUCCAGCCAUGACUGUGGUAGUAAAUAUCUUUCAAUAUCUGUAAGUAGUCAACAAAAUUCCAAGCAUGAAUGAAUGUCCCCCACAAAAAAUAAUAAAUGAUGGAACUG